UGAGCAAUUUCGCUGUUGCGGGGACUUUGCGAGGUAUUUUGUUUGACCCGUAACAAAAAUCCAAAGCAUCCUUUUAAAUACGGACCUUUUUAAUUGAUCUUGGUUUUCAAGGCUUUACAAACAGACUCUCCCGAUUCUGGGUAUAUGAGUAUUGAUACAAAUCGAUGUCGAUUUUAUUACAAAAAAUAAGUAACAUUAUUCCUUUGCACUUUGUUGAAGUAGUCGCUGAUAACCCUACUGUUUGCAUUUGUUUAGCUAGCUAAUAUCUACGUCGGAAGCAACACAGCUACUAUUUUAUGCAUAUCUGGCGCGUGCAUUUGUGCAUUUUUAAUUUUUUUGCACUUGUUUGAAAGGUGGAAUAAGAGGAAGCAAACUUUUGAUAAUCACCCUUUGUGAUUAGCUGGCUAGCUAGCUAGCCAGCCAACCAGUAAGCAAAAGCAAGCCAUAUAUCUGUGCAGUUGAUCAAGCACUAUUCUGCCUACUGAAUUGUGGCUUGCACGCCCUGAAGAGUUGAUACCGUGUCCACUUACUGCAGUAGUGCGGGAUUGUAUUUUUUAUUUUUUAUUAUUUUUUUAAAACACUGCUUUGCAAGCGAACCCUUCCGAUCAAGCCCGAGGCUAGCUAGGUAGCACAAAAUGAUGCGGUUACCCAAAGGUCCGGCUUCUGCCAGAAGUACUGUGGCGUUGUCGGGGUCGAGCUCGCAGAAGAAACUUCUAGCUGGAGUGCACACGGAGUUUUUCAAUACUGGACUCUCUACCCCGCAUAUCAACUCCGUGCCGGCUGGCUACUUCACGCAAAUUUGCAACACUACAGUCGCGGAUCAGCGAGUCAACUGUCUCUAUGCAACCCCUCACGGACCCGAAGCGAAACCCAUCAGAUCUUCAUCGGGGAGACUGCCGGCCAAGAGGAAGCUGGAUCUCGAGGACCCCCUGUACCUGCCCGACUUCCGUACCCCCAAAGGAAAGGGGUGUGCAGCUGUGGUCAGGGUCCCCAGCCCCAAGACCCCCAAGUCCCCAGGGGAGCGUACGCGCUACGACACCUCCCUGGGCCUCCUGACCAAGAAGUUUGUGGGCCUGCUGAGCGAGUCGGCCGACGGGGUGCUGGACCUGAACUGGGCCACCGAGGUGCUGGAGGUGCAGAAGAGGCGCAUCUACGACAUCACCAACGUGCUGGAGGGCGUGCAGCUCAUCCGCAAGAAGUCCAAGAACAACAUCCAGUGGAUGGUGGGCGGAGUGUUCGAGGGCUCGGCCGGCGGGUCGGAGAGGGCCCGCGCUCUGAAUAAGGAGCUGGGCGACCUGGAGCGGGCGGAGAAGUCGCUGGACGACCUCAUCCAGUCCAGCACCGCCCAGCUGCGCCACCUCACCGAGAGCCAGCACAACCAGAGGCUGGGAUACGUCACCUACCAGGACAUCCGCUCCGUGGCCAGCCUGCAGGACCAGACGGUCAUCGCCGUCAAGGCCCCCUCGGAAACCAAACUGGAAGUGCCCGAGUCUUCUGGGGACUGCCUGCAGAUCUACCUGAAGAGCACGAACGGGCCCAUCGAGGUGUACCUGUGCCCCGAGGAGGGCCAGGAGGACGGGAGUCCGGUCAAGGGGACCACGCCCAAAAAAGAGGCCCCCCAGCCCGCCGCAGAGUGCCCCCAGUACGCCGUCAAACAGGAGCCCCUGGAAACUGAGAUCCCGCGGCCCGCUGGGGCAGAGGCUGCGGCCGUGGAACCCUCGCGCCCCCUGCUGGACGUGGAGGGGAUUUUGGGCCUCCCGCCGAGCCUGCUCCAGAUCACCGAGGACCAGCUGCCGGGCUCCGCCUUCGCGCCCGAGGCCGCCGCCCCCUUCGUGAGCUUCUCCCCGCCCCUCGACCACGACGACUACCUGUGGAGCCUGGAGGACGGCGAGGGCGUCUCGGACUUCUUCGACACCUACGACCUGGGCGACCUGCUCAAGAGCUGAGACACACCCCACCCUUAACGCUACCCCGAAUGGGGGCUAAAUCUGGGUGGGGGGGGGGGACCCACACACUCCCUUUUUCCUCCUCUCCAGGGGUUCCCCCCCUCUCC